UAUUCGUACUUUAAAUUACCUUAUUUUGUACAAAUCCAAACAUAUUAUUUUGAAAAAAAUUAUAAUUUUCAUACAACAUUUUAUUUUUUACUUUCAAAAUGUUCAAAAAAAAUUUUGUUCUAUUACUCUUUGUUAUUUUUUUAUCAACUGAACUUUCAGGAGACUUGAUCAAAACCAAUAAAACAUCAAAAUUUGGAAAAAAAAUUGUAAAAGGACUAAAAUACAUUUGGGGUGUUUGUGAUAAAGAUUGUCCAUACUGCUAUCCAUCGACUCCAGAAGAAAUUAUAAAUUUAUUAAUAAAAAAAUCCAAAAAGUACGGAAAUUGUGAAAAAUGCCAUGAAUCUUUAAUAAAAGAAAUUAAAAAUAUUACUGCAGAAUAUUUUACAGAUGGCUUCAUAGGAGCUGAUCAAUUGUAUAACCUCUGCAGAAAAGAAUUACCCAAUACUACUAAAGAUAUUACUAUUGAAGAUUGUAAAGGGUAUGUCCAAAAUUAUGCAAAAAACAACGCAGAAAAAGGACUAGAUGGUUCUGAAUUGUUUAGUGUGUUUCGUGCGAUUAAAGCUCAGGAUGAAUCGAAGUAAAAUUAUUAAGAUAAAAAGUAAUUUAAUUUUUGCAAAAUUUUUUUUCAUCAGUUACUAAUUCAAUAUAAAUUAAAAUGUGUUAAAUAAAAUAUAAAUUUUUAGUUUUUGUUUUUGUUUUAUUCUCUUAUAAUAAAUGAAAAAUCAUGCUACAAAAUUAUUAUAAGUACGAAUAUAAUUUUUAUUUUAUUAUUCCAAAUUAUGUAUUAUUUUAAUUAAUUUUUCGAAACUUUAAUUUUGAUAUUUUUUGUC